CAACACCGAUUUUGCCGCAGUUCUGGUCGAGACGGUUAGUUAGUUACGUCUGUAGGUUCUGUGUUGUAUUUUAUCUCGAUCCCGUGCAUUUGAAUGGUAUCUGGCAUGGACCCGGUGAAUGAAAACGACGUCCGACCCGGCGCGGACGUCCAUGCGACGCUGUCCACUGCCAGAGACGCUAGACAAUCGCCGAAGUUCAACCAGGUGUUGAUCCAGAGGAAUUCUACAUCACCUUCAGUGCCUAGGAAAAUCAUGAGCAAGAAUCACAACAACACAAUUUUCCCUACAUCGUACCCUAGCAACCUAGCAGAAUUACAACUCUUUCGAGUGAUGCAAAAUGCAUCGCUCCUAGUUUACUAUGACACACUUUUGGAGAUGGGUGGAGACGAUGUUCAGCAGCUUUGUGACGCCUGCGAGGAGGAAUUCCUGGAGAUCAUGUCCUUGGUGGGAAUGGCUUCGAAACCCUUGCACGUCAGAAGACUGCAGAAAUCGCUCCACGAAUGGGUGGGAAACCCUUCCAAAUUCAAACUACCCCUCAUACCAGGCGAUGAUUACGAACUGGAGUUGUCCAGUCCAAGGGUGACCAGCAACCACGGUUUCUACACUAUGGACAGUAUGGAUAGUACGAGGACAAUCUAUUCACCAUCCCCGGGUGAUGUGUGUGCCUUACCCUCGGUAGCUAGCCCUGGUCUUCCCCUCAAUAAAAGGCCUUACUCCCCCUUAGACCCAGCAUGCCCCCCAUCGUCCAGCUCGAGUCCAGGAAGUAGUAUGUCUGUUCAACUAACCCCCACGCUUAUGGAGUCCCAGAUAGCCAAACUAGCUGCAGCAGCUGAAAGGCUGAGUAAAAAUCUCCCGCAAUAUGAACCAAAACCCCAUAAUACCAAAAAGAAAGUUUGCAAAGAGUUAGAGUUAGUUAUGUCCAUGCCCGAAAACGAUCCAAGAAGGAUGGAUGAAAUAAGGAGGUAUGCAGCUAUCUAUGGACGAUUCGAUUGCAAAAGAAAACCUGAAAAACCCCUCACUCUUCAUGAGGUUUCUGUAAAUGAGGCAGCGGCUCAGAUUUGUAGAUUUAUACCAGCUCUAUUGACUAGAAGGGACGAACUUUUUCCAUUAGCUAGACAAGUUGUUAAAGAUUCCGGUUGUUACUACUCCAAAACUCAAUUAUCAACAAUGUACAUGAACAAGCAUUUAAAUAACGAGGAGCUGGAUAAUUCGAAUUCUAGAGAUAGUCCAAGAUUGCACGAUGGGGAUAUGCCGUCUAAAAAGGCCAAAUUAGAUCUGAAUAGCGAAGGGGAUGAACGACGGCAGGAAUCUGAAGAUGGUAUACUUAUAAGAACUUCCCUACAUUCAUUAUUUCAGCAUCACUCCAGAAAUUCUUCACAUAAUUCCAGAGAAGCGAAUAGUAGAAAGACUUCUUUGGUUGUAGAUAUUGAAGAUGCAGAUUCUAGAUACUCGUAUAGCAACUGCAGCUCUCCUCAGCGAAAAAUGGAAGAAGAUGAAGACAGUGAAGACACCAACAAAUUUUCACCGAAAGUACAGAUUAUAGCUGCCAGUGGGGAUAAUAUUAUAGCUGUUGCGAACCCAGCAUUAGCUAUGUCACCUGCUAUCAUAACACCGAUUCCCGAAUGCAGAGAAACGGCAAUAAUAAAAAAAGAAUGACUGCUAUUUAUAUUGUAGUACAUACAAAUAAUAAUUAUAUAUUUAUAUAUAUUGACAAUUAUUGUGAACACUAACAUUGCAUUAAGACUGAGAAUGAACCAUUCUGGAAAUAGAUGUUGGAACUAAGCUUUCUCCACCAAAAUAUAUGGUGGAUGUAGUUUUAGAUUUUUUUUUCGGAAUGUUAUCCACAAUCAUCAUUUUAUUGAAUUUGUCUAAUUAAAUGGCCUUCCAGUAUAAGAACAUCCACCUUUUUUCAAUCUCACCAUUACCAUUGAAUGGUGUUGCAAUUACACUUGUAAAGUCUUUGCGUAUAGUUGGUGUUUCAAUUAAAGCCUCUGUGAUUCAUCUUGAAAUUCUCAAAUGACUGAUACCAUUUUGUAAUAAUUAAAAUCCAAUAUAUCUAUUGUUCCAUUAUUUCUGAUCUAUUCAGAAUAUUGAAUCCGAUUAUCUCCCAAUUGUAAACUUUAAUGUUACGAAUAUUGAUAUUAAAAUAUAUUUUCAUAGCUUCCAGUUUCAUAUUAUUGUAUUUUUGUUGAUAAAGUUGUAAGUUCUCGAA